AUGGCGGGUGCCGACGGGUCGGCGGUUCGGCGGCUCUACCUCUCCGUGUACAACUGGGUUACCUUCUUCGGAUGGUUGGAGGUGCUAUACCACGGAACCUUGGCGCUGUUAGGCGGUGGCCAUGAGGCCGUCUAUGCUGCUGUCAAGCUGCCACUUUUGUUUUCACAGACUGCUGCCAUAGCAGAGAUUCCUCAUUCUAUUUUAGGGCUUGUGAGAUCUCCACUCAGUGCAACUCUUCCACAAGUCGGCGGAAGGAUCUUAGUUACCUGGUACAUCGUGUGGAGUUUCCCUGAGACACAGUCUCAUGUCCUCGUUGCUUCCUUGGUCCUAAGCUGGUCCAUCACUGAGGUCAUCAGAUAUUCUUUCUUUGGUUUGAAGGAGGCAUUUGGGAUCACACCUUUCUGGCUCCUAUGGCUCAGGUACUCCACGUUCACUUUACUCUACCCUAUUGGGCUCAUCAGUGAGGUGGGCUUAAUCUUUGUUGCCAUGCCUCACAUGAAGGGAAGAUCCUUCUACAUCUGCGCGGCAUUGACCAGUCUCUACAUCCCAGGAUUCCCAUACUUGUACCGUUACAUGCUCGCCCAGAGGAAGAAGGUCCUGUCCAAGGCGAAAACCGCGUAAUGCUCCAUACGAGCCCUCACUGUCACAGAGUAAUUAAUCAGUGUGGUUGUAGACUCGUACUGUACCAUGGCUCUUAUCAGGUGGAGAUAACAGUGUGGUUGUACUGUAGUAACAGGGAAUACUGAAUAUAUAGCUCUUCCAUGGGUGAAAUAAAAUAAAAUCAUAUAUAAGUGGAUACCUUUUUUGUUUUGUACAAA